GCUCCUCUCUCCCCCCCUCCCCUCCUCUCCUCUCUUUCUCUGUCUCCUUCCCCGCCAGCCAUGAUCCGUGGCGGGCUAAUUCCCAGACGGUCUUCUCCUCCUUCCUCCUCUUUCUCCUCAUCACCCUCUUCCUCCUCCUCCUCCUCCUCGCGGGGCCGGUAAGUAGCAGCAGCACGCGCCGUCCAUCUUCUCCCUUCCUCCUCGCGCUGUAUCGGACUGCAUGCUGUGUUCACGGUAUUUAUCGGUCGUUAUCGGCUCUGCCUUUUUUUGUGUUUGACCCCCCCACCCCUCCACCUCCCUCUCAUCACUCUCCCUCCCUCCCUCCUCCCUGCUCCUUGGCUUUCAGUGCCUGAGGGGGGGAGGUGUUAAUGUGUCGCGUGGGAGAGCCGUUUUCCCCUCGCGGUCGGUGGCCGCUGUGACCUUCUGUCGGAGCUCGCGCCGCCCGCUUGACCAGACAGGUGACCUCACAGAGCUAACUGCUAGCUGAGCAAACGUGUUCAUAUGCGUGUUUGUGUGUGCGUGUGUGAGAGGUCAUGUCGGGAAUGACCAGCGGAGUGUGUGUAGAGAGUGACCUCUCCUCGAUGCUGCAGAGAAGCUCCGCCCCCUCACAUCAUCACCCAAAUCACCAUGGUUACGGCGGUCAGGGACAGGUGUCGGGCCUAGCGCCGAUGCUCGACUACACCACUGAGAUGGACCGGUACCGCUCGUCCAUCGCCACCUUCUACAAGACCAACGUCAACAUGAACAUGAACGUGACAAACUUCCCACAAUCCGCCAAACUGGCGGCUCGUCUGGCGGCCGCCGCUCCUAUCUUCCCCCCCACCGCUGCCAGGCUGGGCGCCAUGGCGACAGCCCCAUGGGGUUGCCAUGACAACAUGAACAUGAACAUGAACCACCCGGCGGCCAUGUUCUGGGGCAGGCCCAAACCUGUAGCUACGGCGCCAACGCAUCACCACCACCAUCCCUCGGCGACGCCGGGUCACAUGACCUCUUCCCACCCCCACAGCAGCAGCAUGCACCAGAGCAGCGGGGGGCCUGGGGGGGGAGGAACCGGCGGCGGAAGUGAAGGGGGAGGGGCUGAAAAACACGGACACACUGCGUCACUUCCUGUUAGCCAGGGAACAGCACACCAUCACCCCAUAGCGCCUAGCAACGGGAACUUUCUCCCCGGUUACAGCGGCGGCGCGGACUGUGGCGUUAUGAACAAGCAGGGACACGCCCACCCGGACAUGAUGGGCCUAUCAGAGGGCGGCAACUGCAAUGGGGGAGGAGUAAUGAGUGGUGGCUUCCUGGGGGGGCUGGGAUUACCCCCUGGGGUCAUCGUCAUGGCAAUGGGAUCCGCAGGCGGCGGGAUUUCAGACGCCAGCAGCGCUUUUCAGAUGACGAGCGGCCAGCGGGCGCUAACGGACUGCCAGCAGCACACUAACUCCUCCCCCUGCCCCUCCUCUUCCUCCCCUUCAUCAUCAGGGGUGACAGCAGGGGGUGUGUCUCUCUCCUCAUCAUCUUCAUCAUCGUCAGGGACAGUGGCGAAGAGGAAGCGGAAGCGCUGUGGCGUAUGCGGGCCGUGCAGACGACUGAUCAACUGCGGCGUCUGUUCGUCCUGCCGCAACAGGAAGACGGGUCACCAGAUCUGCAAGUUCAGGAAGUGUGAGGAGCUGAAGAAGAAGCCAGGAGGAGGAAGUGGGGUUCUGGAGCGGCCGCCCUCCGUCCCAGCCGGUGAGGCGUUUCGCUGGUUCUUCUAGCCUUUCCUUCACCAGUGGAGUCACCAACACAGACACACCUGGACUGAAUGAAAUUCAGCCAGAGGACUUUGGCGUCUCGGACUGAAGCAGAGCAGGACUUUGUCGUGUGUGGAUAGCCCAGAAAUCCUGCAUCGACUGGAUGGACGAGGAGGACGAGGAGGAGGAGGAGGAGGAAUCACAGGAAACAGGAAGGCUUCAUGAGGAAGGUUUAGUGCUUUGUCAAAGGGGAUUUAAAGGUAACACAUGAAGCAGUUGUCAAAAUGACUCCCCACAUGAACGGUGUUCUGCUCACCAGCUAUUGAUGCCCAACGUCCCUUCAAAUCAACCGCAAGUCAUCUUGACACCUCAGUUGUCCUGGAUUCACUUCAUAUUUGGGUUUUUCAAAUCUGGUCAUACAAUGGCACAAGGCAUUGAGACACUAGACUUUAUUUAUUUCUAGUGAUUCAAUGCCUGAAACACUAGAAAUAUUUGCUCCAUCUUUGCAGUCCUAGUAAGAUAUUUUUAUAUAGGUCUAUUAAACACAUUUAUAAUUAUUUAUCAGCAUUAAACCAGAAUGAAUCCCUGAAAUGACCCUUGGGACAACAUAACUGUCUCUAGGUUCAUGAAUUGCUGGUCUAGUCUAGUUUUCAGGCCGAAUAUCAUUUUUUUUAUCAUGGGACCGACCCAGUCUCACUGGGAACCAGAACUUCCUGAGUGGAACCAUAAUUUAUGGUUUGGUAACCCUUUAGGUUUGUUCUUGUCCCAGUGUUUAAAUUAUGUCGUGAACAUUUGUCCUUGCUAAAUUCAGAGGUUGCCGAUGCUUCUUGUGUCAGGCAGAGGUUUGCUCAGUAUUUCAAGUAUUGGGGCAGAUUUUAUUAAAGGUCUUGGAUCCGAACCAAGACCAAGAACACUCAGGGGAUCAGGAAGGACAAAACCAUUCAGUGCAUUUCUAGAGAUGAGCAGAUGAUUCUGGAAGUACAAAGAGAGACUUUAAACCAGGGGUCUCGAACUCCAGACCUCCAGUUUCUGUCCUGCAGGUUUUAGAUGAGCCACUGGUACAAAACACUGGAAUGAAACGGUUUAAUUACCUCCUCCUUGUGUAGAUCAGUUCUCCAAAGCCUUGCUAAUGAUCUAAUUAUUCUGUUCAGGUGGUGCAGCAGAGGAACAUGUAAAAGUUGCAGGACAGCGGCCCUGGAGGACUGGAGUUUGAGACCCCUGCUUUAAACUGUUGCUUUAUUUUGGUUUGACGGAGGGAGGAUGGAAAAUCUUCAUCCUGUCAGAGAAAACCAAACUUGUCUUUCUUCUCCUUCAAACUACAACUCUAGAGUCCGAUGCUUUGAUUGGUUAAACUGGGCGGUGACUGAAAAGUCCAGAUAAAAAAACGAGUUUUAAACGCUCCAGCGACACUAAAGCAUUAACCGUUUCCUCCCAGAUCUUUUCCAUCCCUUGAUUAAAACGGUUUCCUCCUCUUCAUCCUCAUCCACCCAGCCUGACCACUAAUCCCAUUGUAGCAAAACCCAGGAAGAUUCAGGACUCAGCCGCAGAGACUCCUUCAGUUUGACCAAAACUGGCUGACAAGCUAACCUCAAAGAGGAUUCACAAACUGACCUCAGCAGGAAGUGAUCCAAGACUGUUAAUAUGGACUACAAGCUCCCCACAGUAGGACUACAAUAACCACAUCACUGUUACCAUCUCUUCUGUCUACCUCCUCCUUCAGGACUUUAAACGGCACCUUGGUUGACUUUAGCUGGACGAUGUUUCUGCUGGUGCAACCUGAGCGGCUUCUCAACUCUCCUGGUGGUCCACAAGUUAUUUGGUUCAUUUGAAUCUGGCAAAUUAAAGAGUUGUGAUAAUUUAUUGGGUUUGUGUAGAUGUAGAUGGAAGGUUCCUGAGGGUGCAGUUAAAGGUCCAGUCGGUUUUAUAAGGAACCAUUUUACUGCUUUCUGGAUCCUCUAAUUGAAGGUUUGGACGUUUUUGCGCCACUAAUUCAGCUUGUUGGGCCCAACAGGGACCUCAGAGAGAGUUCAGAACCAGCUCUUGUGUUCCCGUAUCAGUUGAACAUUGGACCAUGUGGUGGACCAACAGAAGCAUGAAUGCAGCGUGGGAAUUGGCAGUGACCCUUUGGGUCCGCCGGGCAGAACUCUGGGACCUCCGGGAACCGAGCUGACGGAGAUCGGAUCGUUCCACACUGCAACAGUGUCAUUUCCUGUUUGUCGGUUGGCAACACGCUCAGUGAUUCCUUGUACACACCGAGACAUUCUCAUUAAAAUUUUAUCUUGAAAGCUCAUGUUUGAGAAGAGAUUUUGGUGGCAGAAUGAACCGAUUUCUCCAGGUGAUUUCAGAGGAUAUGCAGCUGAGGUUCUUGUCAAACAUUUGGACCUGAGUUCAUUACAUUAGACUCUGAAUGAGGGCCACUUUUUAUAGGAUGGAAACAACAGCAUGCAGCUUAAUAAAGGGCUUUCUGUUAGUUGUCCAUAAAUCCUUCUAAUUGUAAUGAGUUUUGAGACGUCUAGCACAAGGAGGUCCGGUUUUCUCACUGCUAGGUUUCAGCAGUGGUUCUGGAGUCAUCCGCUCAGAACCACUGAUCCAAUGCAGAGAACUCAACCGGUUUAAAUAAUGCCAGAGAAACCCAGUUUAACACCAGAACUAGCU